UCAAUCAGAACAGUCUGCUCAAACAUACAGAAGUCUAAUACUCAUCGACUCAAAGCGCGCAACAGUUAGUAUUGUCACAACUCAUCACACGCAAACAUGUGCUCUACGGGAUUCUGCUUGGUAUUUUUCCUAGCGCAAGUAGUUUUCCAAAUGAACUACAGUGAGCAACAAACUACGGUUGUGAUGGAAAACGGAGCGAUUUCCGAAAGUGAAAUUAAUGUCGACAAAGUGAUGAAACAGUACAUUCUGAAAUUUUAUACGAAACGAUUCGUAGAGGGACAAAACCUUGUCGUAGCUCCGCUUUUAACCUUCAGGGUGUUCAUGUCGCUGUACAAAGCAAUGGAUGCAUCUGCUAAGUUCGAUCUGCACUCGUUGCUUGGGAUACAACAAGAUACUAGCGUAGAAAAAAUGUCCGAAAUUGAAGCGUUCGCUAACAAGCACACUCUACCUGUGGAUGAAAAACAGAUUAGCGUGGAAACAAGACUGUACUACGAUAAGUCCAUUGGUAACGCACGGUCAGUGCUGACAGCGAAAAGCCUAAAGCCAAUUGGAACAAGUUUCAGCGAUAAACGAGCGUUCUGUGAAAAGGUCAAUAGCUGGAUCAGGAAUGUCCCAAUCAAGGGUACGGAUAAUUUGAUUCAUGAUUACGACUUGAACAACGAAACGCAAGCAUUUGUGGCAGGGGCAUUGUCAAUUGAUUGGAAUACUCAACUGAAAUCAUCAACCGACCAAAAGGGAUUCCAAGGCGAAAAUGUUAAAUUUCUGGAGGGAAGCAUUUCUGCGGGGUAUGCAAAACUAGACAACUUGAAGGUAGAGGUAGUGGAAUUAAUCAGCGACAAAGUUGACGGAGUCAAGCUGUGGUUGAUUAUGCCAGAUAGAGCGUCUUCCAUCAAGGACUUCAAUGAUCAAUUAAGUGUGGAAUCAAUUAGACAAAUUGAAAACGGAUUGACCGCACAAAAGGUGGAUGUGUCACUGGCUUUGCCAAUGGUAACCAUCGAGUACAAUUCCCAGGAAGAUGCCUACGUGACAGAAGUAUUUGAAGUGUUCAGUUCCCUCUUUACCAAACCUUCGGUUAAACUGGUGGACGGCAAAGACGAUUUGUAUGUUAUCAAGAAUUUUCUAAUGAAAUGCAUACUACGGUUUGUUGAAAGUGAUGCCUCAGCUGAUUCUAAAGCUCAAUCAACUGGAAUGUUGGUCAAGUUCGACCGACCGUUCGUGAUGAUGAUGCUGUCAAAAGAAGGCAACGUACCAAUCCUGUUGGCAAAUUACUUUUCUCCAACGGACAAGCUUCGGGCACUGGAGGCGAAAGAGCGACGCUUGAAAGCAGAGGCCAACGAGCAUCUGGAUUUGUGAUAAUUGUGCUUUGAUUCUCGGGGGCUAGCAAAUCGUAUCCGAUUGCACAAACAAAGGGAUUUAUGGUGUAAUAAAAUGCUGUAAAAAAUGCGAUGUUUCUUUCUGAUUGAGUUUGUAUCGCAUUUCAGUGAAAAAAAUGUAAAAGGGUAAACGAUUUCAAGUUCACAUGAAAUAUGUGAGAGUCACGCAAUAAAGUUUUACUUAUCUUCCGUUCUAAUU